AUGUCUCGAGGGUAUCAACUAAUUGUUCCAAAACGUCGUGAAGGACCGCGAGAGCUUGAUGCGACAAAACUUGAAUUUGAAUUUAAUAAUGUGCCAUGUCUCUUCAACUCAGAAGUAUGCCUUCUUUUAGAAAGACUAGAUCAUACGUGGAACAACUUAUCCAUGAAAUUUAUGGAACAUUUGGGUAAAGCCCGAACAAAUAAAUUUAGAGAUCGAGAAUCUGCUGCCGCAAUUAGACGAGAGUUAUCCCAACAUCAUAAAUUGCACUCGUACGAACUCGCCCAGCUGUGUAAUCUCUGUCCUGUAGAAUUGGAUGAGGCGAAAAUGUUGAUUCCAUC